AUGGGCCCUGAUACUGAUUACCCCUGCUACUUUCUAGCUCGGUGUCUUGGGGCACAUGGUGUAGCUUUUCCUGGCGCUCAGGAACUUGGAAUAAGGUUGCCCUCUGCGGGUGAAACUGUGAAAUAUCUCACAGUGGAGGAGGGCGGAGACUGUUCGCAGAGGGGCCGGCGAAAACGUCACCCUACUGGAGGGAGGAACUCAUCGCAGACUGGAGGCGCCCAAGCGCAUCCCAGACGCGAGGGCAAAGGCCCAGGAGGGCUGUGGGGCUCUCGCAAGUAUCCGAUCACCUUGAGAGGAGUCCGCCGGGUGUCCGAGCCUGAUGUCACUGCAGCUUCGAUUCCUCCGACGCCCCUGCUCUUACUUCCCAGUCUUCCGGCAACUUCUCCGCUUAGGCCUCCCCUAGGCCUUGCCGCCAGAGAGGCGACGCACUCCACAGGCGGAUUCGCACGUGUGGACCCUGGGCAGCACUUUCUGGUGCAAAUUAACAAGUGGCCCUCAGUGUGGAAGCACCGCCCAGCCUUUCCCGGGGAGGUCACCAGGGUGAGGCCGCUCAAGGUCUGCAGGCGCCCGGCGUUACCGGGAUCCUCCCCGCGCGCUGGUCCGAGGAGGCCAGGAGAGGGCGAACCCGUCCCCGACCAGCGGCCCUUCCGGGGGUGGGCUCUGACCCCACCGAGAGGUCAGCGGGUCCAGGAGCUCCAAAGGGGCUGCGGAUGCAGCCUUUGGAUUUCGAAAUACUUAAAGUUCAGAUUGUCAAGCCUUCCUCUCUCCUGGAUAGUACUCAAAAGGGCAUGGUUUUACAAGAUUCAUAUGGUGUCUUUCAUUUCAGUGCCUAUUACUCAUUUCAGUGAUUCAGCCGACCCAGACAGCAAAUGGACAUGAGAUGUGUGGAGAAAUCUACUGAAAAUGGGAUUGAUUGGGUUUUAAGAAAGUAGAACUUAAGGCUGGAUGAGGCAGCAUUCUGAGAAUCUUAAGUUCCCAAGGCAUAAUGUUCAACAUUUACUGUCAAACCCAAUUUCUGGCUAAGCCAUUUAUGCUUUCUGAAUAAGCACUUUAAUUUUCAUUCACAUCUACUCACCUUUAAAAAAAUGGAAGUAUGCACCAAUUUUUAAAGAAAUAGGACCAACCUUGGAAACUUAUAAUUAUGAAUCUUUAUAUUUUUAUGAUAGUUGAUAGUUUACAAAGCCAGUUUCACUUGAUCUUUACAAAAACCCUAUGGGGUUAUAUUUUUAUUACCCACAUUUUAUAGAUAAGGAAUUAAAUCUCACAAAGGUUUGAAGACUUUCCCAAAAGUGUCAUAGGACAACUAAAAGUAGUUAACCCUAAGGCCCUGUAUCAGAAUGAUCACCUGCCUUUCCCCCACCAACCCACACUCACCAGGCAGUGUCCAAGAGGCUCUGCCUCUUUCUCAAUGCCAUCGUUGGGUUGCCUCAUCCUACCUGCAAUGCUUACCUUCAAAGCAGGUGCUGACAAUGUGUUUGGAUUUUGGAGGCUUGAUUAUGAAAUAAAACUGAAUAGUGCUGGACACAUGUUGAGUUUCAGUUUUCUGACCCUUCUCUUUUGAGACUCCAGGUCCAACCCUCAUCUGUACCUUCAGAUUCAUGGACACCACUGAUGAGGUUCUGGCUUGCUUCAUUUUCAUUCAUGACUUUGACUCCCAGACCAUAGUUUGAUCCUGGUUCUUCCAGCGUUGAUCUAGAAACAUCCUGACCUCUAAGGCACCAUCAAACCAAUUUUGUCCAAGAAGUGUAAAUAUCAUUGCCCACAACAGAUCUAGCAACAAUUAACAUUUGCUGAGCACUUACCAUGUGCCAAGCAUGAUUUCAAAACAGGCCACGCAAGAAUAAAUAGACACUAAACAAUUGGAUGUGAAAAAGAAGACAUUCCCAAAUGGUUCUCAAGAAGCCGACUGGAUGCUGUGUUCCUUGCAUGGUGCUAAGGGGCUCAAGCUGCCAUGGAUGCCCUUUUCGGGCCUUUCAGUAUGCAAAUAUGUACUAGGAGGGAAUAAUGUUUCCAUGGGAUGAAGUAACCAUAAUGUUGUACGUGGACGGCUAAUUGUUUUCAUCGCACAUGCCAAAUCCAACUGAUUAGUCAGGGCCUGGAGUCUGUUUGACGAAUGAGGAAAUCUUGCCAAGGUCCAGAGAGGCAGCUGAAUAAUAGCACGAAUUUCCCAUCUCUGACAUCUCAGGUGUGAUGGGACAUGUGCAAACAACAUUGGCUCCUAAUCUGCUCUCAGCUAGCCAUGAAACUAAGGGCUAGCCUGUUGCCUCCCUGGGCCUUGGGUUCCUUAUCAAAUAAUAGUUUGGCUGGACUGUCCCUCUGGUCACUUCUAAAAUUCCUUUUCUUUAUCCAGCAGGAUUCUUGACCAAUCAGUACCAAGUCAAACCCUCACCCUUCCAUUUACCUUCACACUGCUGAAAUAAACUUUAUGCUCCCUAAGACAA